ACAGCUGAGAAGCUGUACUAUUAUCUUCGCAGGUGAAGCUGAUAAGACAACACUGAUUUCACAAUGGGCUCCAUCAGUGCAGCAAAUGCAGAAUUUUGUUUUGAUGUAUUCAAAGAGCUGAAAGUCCACCAUGCCAACGACAACAUCUUUUAUUCCCCCCUGAGCAUCAUUUCAGCCCUGGCCAUGGUCUAUCUGGGAGCAAGAGGUAACACUCAAUCUCAGAUGGAGAAGGUUCUUCACUUUGAUAACGUUACAGGAGUUGGAGACACUACUGACUCCCAGUGUGGCACUUCUGAACACAUCCACAGUUUACUCAAGGAUCUUCUUUCAGACAUCACCACACCAAAUGCUACAUACUCGCUCAAGAUCGCUGACAGACUCUAUAUUGAAAAAACAUGCCCCAUUCUUCCGGAAUACCUAAAGUGUGCAAAGAAAUUCUACAAAGCAGGGCUGGAAGAAGUUAACUUCAAAACAGCUGCAGAGGAAGCAAGACAGCUCAUUAAUUCCUGGGUGGAAAAAGAGACAAAUGGACAGAUCCAAGAUUUCCUUGUGUCAGGCUCUGUUGAUCUCAAUACUGUGCUGGUCCUUGUGAAUACCAUAUACUUCAAAGGGAUAUGGAAGACGGCGUUUGAAGAAGAACACACUCGGGAAGCGCCCUUCAAUGUGACAGAGCAAGACAGCAGACCUGUGCAGAUGAUGUGUCAGAACAGUACCUUCAAAGUGGCAGCAGUGGCUGCAGAGAAAAUUAAAAUCCUGGAGCUUCCGUACGCCAGCGGGGAGCUGAGCAUGUUGGUGCUGUUGCCUGAUGAUGUCUCUGGCCUGGAGCAGCUUGAGAACAAAAUCAACUUUGAAAAACUUACGGAGUGGACCAGUCCUAAUGUGAUGGAAAAGAAGAGAGUGAAAGUGUACCUCCCACGCAUGAAGAUUGAGGAAAAAUAUAACCUCACAUCUGUCUUAAUGGCCUUGGGUAUGACCGACCUGUUCAGUCCUUCGGCCAAUCUGUCUGGCAUCUCCUCAAGAGAGAGCCUGAAGAUAUCUGAGGCCAUCCAUGAGGCGUACAUGGAAGUCAAUGAAGAAGGCACCGAGGUGGCAGGCUCAGCGGAGGUGAUGGGAGACAUCAAACAUCCCUCUGAGUUUGAAGAGUUUAGGGCUGACCACCCUUUCCUUUUCUUGAUCAAACACAAUCCAACCAACAUCAUCCUCUUCUUUGGUAGAUAUUGCUCCCCCUAA